GUGAAGUGAAAUGACAUUAUCCAAACGUCUACUUUGUGUUGUUUUAGUUCACGAUUUAAAAAUUAAUUAAAACCAAUUAAGCAACUAUUUAACACAUUUAUGAGUAACCUUAAUAGAGCUGCUGCAUUCCAACGGAACCAAUCCUCAAAAUGCUUUGAUAUCUUCAUACCAAAAUAGAGUACUGAUAGGUUACUAACCCCGCAUUACUUUUGUGUUCUAUGUUACGUUUUGGGUAAAUUAGUGAGGUAGAUUUGUGUUGUUUUAUUUUGGCUUAGUCCUUUUUUUAUUUUGAAGUUGAGUUAUAACAGGGUCUACGGCCUUACAGAACAAUUUUAGCAUCAUAAUACCACUUUGAAACUGUUCUUGCUUUAUAAUCAACAAUGACUGAAUACAAAUUGGUUGUUGUGGGUGCUGGUGGUGUAGGAAAGUCUGCAUUAACUAUUCAGUUAAUUCAAAACCAUUUUGUGGACGAAUAUGACCCAACAAUUGAAGACUCAUAUAGAAAACAAGUUGUUAUAGAUGGUGAAACCUGUCUCUUAGAUAUAUUAGAUACUGCAGGACAAGAGGAAUACAGUGCAAUGCGUGAUCAGUACAUGAGAACAGGAGAGGGUUUUCUACUUGUUUUUGCUGUGAACUCUGUAAAAAGUUUUGAUGACAUUGUGGUAUACAGAGAGCAGAUUUUACGAGUGAAAGAUACCGAGGAGGUUCCGAUGGUGCUUGUAGGAAAUAAAUGUGACUUGCCGGCAUGGGUGGUUGAUAUGAAUCGGGCUAGAGACAUCGCCAAACAGUACGGUAUCCCCUUCAUAGAGACGUCGGCGAAGACGCGCAUGGGCGUGGACGACGCGUUCUACUCGCUAGUGCGCGAAAUCAGAAAGGACAAGUCCAGUAGGGGCAAAAAGUCACACAAGUACCCGGGCCCGGGCAGGGGGUUACCGUUCAAAUUACGCUGCAGUAUACUUUAGAUAGACCAAACAAAAACUAAGUAAAAAACAGAAAUUUUUUUCGAUCGCGACAGUAGUUUUUUUAGAACGUACGGUUGAGGUGGAAUUAGCGAAAAUUUUUAUCCCUCAAUUGCCAAAAAAAAAUUAAAUAUUCGUUUUUUUUUAUUAAUUGGAUUAGACAAAUAUAUUGACGUGUUUUUGUUUUUAACGAUAUAUAGGUUGAUCUUUUGGUAAAACUGGUACAACGUUUUUGUGAGUUUUGUCUUUCAUCGAUACUAUGUGCAAUUUUAUCUACAGAGUGAUUCCUAAUAACAUGCUUACCUACUAA